CCCCUCCACGUGCGCGCCCCUUCUCCUCCCGGGCUCCCGGCUCCGCGCCCUGGGCCCCGUCUGAGGCGCGGGUGCGGGACGGCGGCCCGAGGCUGGGCGCCCCAGGAGGGAAGGAGUUAAGUCCCCCCACCCUGCCCCGCCCGGCGAGCCAGAGCUAUUUAAGAGGCGGCGGAGGCAGCGCGGCUCCAGUCGGUCACUCCCGCAUCGGCCACGGCAGCAGGUCCGCGCGCCAGUCCGGCAGCGGGCUCUGGGGCUCGGCCGUCCGCGGGACCCAGGAGCUCCGCGCCCCCCGCCGGCCAUGAGGCCCCCCGGAGUGCCGCUCGCUUGGCUGUCUCUGCUCAAGCUUGUCCAGGCAGCCGCCGAUGGCUCUUGGUGCUAUAAUUCCCAGAAUCCCCUGUGUGGCCCCUCACACUGGAAGGACAUCGCCCACAUCUGCGGGGGCUCAUCCCAAUCUCCCAUUGACAUUGACCGGCACCAAGCGAAGCCGGACCGGGCUCUGGGCCCUUUUGUAUUUGAAGGAUAUGACUCGGCACCCCCGGGCCCAUGGCGGCUUCUGAACGACGGACACACAGUGCUGCUGAGCCUGGAGGGGCCCUGGGGCCCGGAGCGGGGCCAGCCGAGCAUCCGGGGCGGGGGCCUGCCCCACGUCUACCGCGCUCUGCAGCUCCACUUCCACUGGGGCGAUCCCACGGCCAACGGCUCCGAGCACACCCUGGAUGGGCAGCGCCAGCCUAUGGAGAUGCACGUGGUGCACAUGAACACCCGCUACCAGAGUCUGGGGGAGGCCCGGGGCCAUCCCGGAGGCCUGGCCGUGUUAGCCUUCUUCUUCAAGGUGCAGGCCGAGGACAACAACAACUACCACACCAUUGUGACCGGGCUGAAGAACAUUUCUCACCAGGGGCAGUCGGUGGAACUGGCGUCGACCUUCCGCCUGGACAAGCUGCUGCCCAGCCGGGCCCGGCUCUCCCGCUACUACCGCUACUCCGGGUCCCUGACCACGCCGGGCUGUGACGAGGUCGUGCUCUGGACCGUCUUCGAGGAGCCCGUCCCCAUCGGCAGGGCCCAGCUGGCCCAGUUUGUGUCCACCCUUCAGGCCAGUCCCCCGGGGGCUCGGCCCGUCAACAUGACCAACAACUUCCGCCCGGUGCAGCCCCUCGGGGCCCGGAGGGUCCUGGCUUCCCGCGACGUCACGGCCAGCGGAGCCCCGGACUUCUCCCUCCCGACAGAGACGUGGGUCCUGAUCUGCCUGCUCCUGAGCAUGGGGCCGGGCUCCGGGAGAACGCUCUGACCCUCUGGUCCAGGCUUCCCCCCUCACUGCUCCUGGGGGCUCCCCAGGUGCUGCCUAUUGGAGUAUCAGUGGGGGGGAAGAACCUGGGGCAGGAGAAGCGCCUGGGCCAUCACCAGGGCCCACCGUGUGACCUUCGGGAAGUUACUUGGAUUCUCUGAACCCCAACUUUCUCAUCAACCCAAUGGAAGAAAGACACCCCCCCUAUAGACUGGACAGGCUGCUGAACCUCAGGUUCAGGGACAAACACAAAAGGCUUUGGAGUUCGGCACCGGCCAGAGAGGCGGGGAAACGUGCCGGGAGGGAGCCGAGCCCAGAGCCGGGAGGCUGCUCAGGCGUCCUGCUCCGGGCCCCAGCAUCCCGCGCCCCAGCAUCCCGUGCUCCAGCAUCCCGUGCUGUGACCGGGGCUGGGCUGCAAGGUUCCUGGCCUUUUUAUGUGCACAUUCCCAGGCUUACAGGCCCCAAAGCUGGAAGAGACCUCAGGGAUUAUCCAGCUCCAUCCUUGGUAUUGUUUUCAGGCCCCCCCCCACCCUGCCCCAGUUCUGACAUCCCCUGUUCUAAGGUUCCCUCUCAGCUCUGACAUUCCCUGUUCUAAAGUUUCCUACCAGUUCUCACAUUCUCUUAAGGUUCCCCUCCCAGUUCUGACAUCCCCUGUUCUAAGGUUCCCUUCCAGUUCUGACAUCCCCUGUUCUAAGGUUCCCCUCCCAGCUCUGACAUCCCCUGUUCUAAGGUUCCCCUCCCAGCUCUGACAUACCCUGUUCUAAGGUUCCCUCUCAGCUCUGACAUUUCCUAUUCUAAAGUUUCCUACCAGUUCUCACAUUCUCUAAGGUUCCCCUCCCAGUUCUGACAUCCCCUGUUCUAAGUUUCCCCUCCCAGCUCUGACAUCCCCUGUUCUAAGGUUCCCUCUCAGCUCUGACAUUCCCUGUUCUAAAGUUUCCUCCCAGUUCUGACAUCCCUUUCUAAGGUUCCCUCCCAGCUCUGACAUCUCCUGUUCUAAGUUUCCCCUCCUAGCUCUGACAUUCUGUUCUCGAGCUGCCGUUCUGCCCCAUGAGCUGCCAGUCUGGGCCGCAUCUUCCCAGCCUCCCCCAGCCUCCCCCAGCCUAAACAGGGAAAAGAGACCCGUUUUGUUAAUAAACGCCUUUAUCAGCGGCC